AUGUCUUCUCCAGCAAGAUUUCAGCGAGUCGUUGCCGGAAUCCAGAAACUGUAUCCAAUUGCGUAUGCAGACAGCUCCUGGGACAACACUGGGUUGCUGGUGGAUGCUUCAGGAGUUAACAAGAGCGAGAAGUUCCACAUUCUCCUGACUGUCGACCUGACCCAGUCUGUGGUUGAGGAAGCAAUUAGGGCCCGGUCGAGUCUCGUUCUGGCGUACCAUCCUUUUAUCUUCCGCGGCCUGAAAAGCAUCACUCCGAAUGAUCCUCAGCAGAGCUCGCUGAUAAAACUGAUCCACCACGGGAUAUCUGUAUACUGUCCUCACACGUCUGUGGACGCAGCCAAGGGAGGUGUGAACGACUGGCUGGCCCUCGCAUUGGGCGAAAUAAGGGAAAAAGCCGUGAUUGAGAAAAAUGCGGCCGACGAGGACGUGGGGAUGGGCAGGCUCGUGACCCUAUCGCGUCCCGCCAGCCUCAAAGAGCUGGUGCCUAGGAUAAAAACCCACUUAGGAAUCAACCAUCUCCAAUUGGCUACGAAAAUAGACCCGGACACCGCUGCCGUUACGACCGUUGCCGUGUGUGCCGGAUCGGGGGGUUCUGUUUUCCGGAACUUGGAUGCCGAUUUGUACCUAACGGGAGAGCUUUCGCACCACGAAGCUCUUUAUUUUAAGGAGAAAGGCUCAAGCGUCAUUAUCUGCAACCACUCCAACACAGAAAGGGGGUUUCUUUCCGUUCUAAAGGAGCAGCUGGCCCGCGAGUUUGACGAUCCGGAAAUCACCAUUGAUAUUUCUGCCACCGACGAAGAUCCGUUUGUUAUUGUGUAG